AUGUCUUUUGUUCCUCCAGAUUCUUUAGACGUUUUCCAAAAAUACGCUUCAAUCACUUCACCUACAGGUGAAAAGUUUCUGUCGCAUUCGGACUUUGUUGACGCCAUUGCACCUCUCGAUCAAGACUACCACAAAAUCCCCCGUGAAGCUUAUGCCCUUCUUUUCAAGGUUGCAGAUCGCUCCAACUCAAAACAGCUCUCUUUAGACGAUUGGACUGCUUUUGAGAAGCUUCUGUAUCUGCCUGAUGCUGAAUACCAGAUUGCUUUCCGCCUUUUCCAAAGCCCAGAAAAUCCCGAGGUCGUUGAAUUUGCCGACUUUGUCAAUACAUACAACAAAAUCCAUUCGAAACCUUCUUCCCCAGAAGACUUCCCACCUUUCGACUGGAACUCUGCAUGGUCCAGUUUGUAUUUGGGCGACAGUACCCACCGUCACAAUCUUUCAUACAAUGACUUUUCCCAACUUAUUGCCGGUGUUCUGGGUGAGCGUGUUCGCCAGGCCUUUUCUUACUACGACCCCUCCCACACUGGGUACAUUCUUCCGGACCAACUUCAAACAAUUCUUGAAACAACAGCUUCCCACAAGCUUUCCGAUACUCUUCUGAAGGAUGCAAAGUUUCUUUGCAACGUCGGUGUCGGACCUUCAUCGAAAAUCUCUUAUGCGCAUGUCCGUGCUUUCCUCAAUGUCAUCAACCGUGCCGAUCUUGUCGAGGUCAUUAUUAGAAACGCUGCAAAGUCUAUCCACCAUUCUAGAGACGCCGACACUUUUAUUACCCGCCAAGACUUUUUGAACCAAUCGUCAAAAUCCGCUAGAUUUGCUCUUUUCACCCCCCUAGAAAUUGAUGUUAUCUUCCAUUUCGCUGCAUCUGCUGCCAAUUCUUCUUCCUCUGACCUCAUUUCUCUUAAUAACUUCAAGUCUGUUUUUGACCCUACCUGGCAAGAGCGUCUUGAGGCUUGGCGUAAGAAUGAAGCUCACAAGAUUGAGGCUGCUCAACAGGCUUUUGUUCAUCCCACUUCUUUCCUCCAUGAAGUUUUCGAAUCGGCUUACAACUUUGCUCUUGGUGCUGUUGCUGGUGCCUUUGGCGCUACCGUUGUCUAUCCCAUUGACCUUGUCAAGACCCGCAUGCAGAACCAAAGAUCUUCGCAUCCUGGCCAGCAACUCCUUUACAAGAACUCUAUUGACUGUUUCAAGAAGGUUGUCUCUAGAGAAGGUGUUCUUGGUCUUUACUCGGGUCUUGGCCCUCAACUUAUUGGUGUUGCCCCUGAAAAGGCCAUCAAGCUUACUGUCAAUGAUCUUAUUAGAGGUAAGUUUGCUUCUAAAGACGGUUCCAUCCCCGUCUGGGCUGAGAUUCUCGCUGGUGGUACUGCCGGUGCUUGUCAGGUUGUUUUCACCAAUCCCCUGGAGAUUGUUAAGAUUCGUCUUCAGAUGCAGGGUGAGGUUGCUAAAACUAUGGAGAAUGCUCCUAAGCGUUCUGCUCUGUGGAUUGUCCGCAACCUCGGUCUCUUUGGCCUUUACAAGGGUGCCAGUGCGUGUUUACUCCGUGAUGUUCCCUUUUCUGCCAUUUACUUCCCCACCUAUGCUCACCUGAAAAAGGACUACUUUGGUGAGGGUCCUAACAAAUCUCUUUCCAUUCUGCAGCUUCUCACUGCCGGUGCCAUUGCCGGUAUGCCUGCUGCUUACUUUACUACCCCCUUCGAUGUCAUCAAGACUCGUCUGCAGACAGAAGCCAAGGCUGGUCAAUCCAGCUAUUUUGGUCUGCGUCAUGCCGCCGUCACCAUCUGGAAGGAAGAGGGUUUCAAGGCUUUCUUCAAGGGUGGCCCUGCUCGUAUUCUUAGAUCUUCGCCUCAAUUCGGUUGCACCCUUGCCGCCUACGAACUUUUGCACGAUCUCUUCCCUCUGCCCGGUCACUCCAAGGACAAGAAGACAGAGGCUGGUCACUCAGUUGUUUCUGGAGAGAUUUCCGCCCCCUUUAGAUUCUUGCAGAGCAAGAGUGCCAUGAAGGUUAUCCUUGACAUUGACCAUAACUUUGGCAAGCCCGGUGCCCUUACUGAGGAGCGCAAGAAGUUGAUUCCCGGUUUAAAAUAA